GCUCAGCGUCAGUUGUCAGAGGACUGUCGACGAGGAGGGGACACGCUCCUUCUCUUGGUUUCUCGGACUGCGUGGGACAUUGGCCAAACUUUUUACCCGUAAAAUCCUCUCUAGUGACCAGGUAUCGCGUGACAGUUGUUAGUGACCAGAGUGCUGUGCAAUGGGUCAACAUCAGCAAUGAUCGGCUUCUCCGGUGUGGUAAUCGUGUUAUAAGGAACAACUAUUUAUCGAAGUUAGAUCUGGAUAUAUAAAGUUUUGGCAAACUGGGAGUGUGCUCUUUGCUUUGAACGUGUGCUGUGUGGGGUGAGGCUUCGCUGCGGCACCUCGCCUGGCCACACACACACGCGGCGGCUCCACUCACAGCAACAACGGCCCUGAACGAGCCUAGCAGCAAGGCGGCGGCAGAGCGACCAACCACAGCCUGACGUCACGUCACUGUCAAGGUGCGUACGCAAGGUGGAGGCGUGGCGGCGUCUGGCGUGCGUGCGUGCGUGUGUGCGUGCGCUGUGACGGGCUGUGUGGGGGUGAGGAUGCCCGCAUGGAGAGGUGCGCCAGGACCGUCUACUUCACAGUGGGAGACAGACAGGACUCCGCCAGCCUCCACCCAGAUGCCCGCCCCGAGGAUGUCAGAGAGUUGUUUCGAAGCGUGUGCGGGGCGGGGCCUAGUGACGUCAUCAAGCUCUACACCAAUGAGGGGAGUCUGCUGAACGCCGGAGCCCACUUGCCCGCCAACACCCCGGCCACCCCCUACCGCCUAGACGUCGCUGCCACCCCCUGCAAUGGAGAGAAGCUGAACCGUCUGGGGAUUGACCUUAUGGACCUGGAGCAGAGGCUGUGCGAGGUCGAGCGAAGCGUGGCCUCCCUGCGAGCUGACUUGCCGCCCGUGGUUGAGGAGCUGAGGCUCGCCGUGGACACCUUCAAGAUGAGGCUGGAGACCACUGAGCACCUGUCCUGGCUGGGUUUCUACAAGGAGGGGAUCGGAGAGCCUCUCGGGACGCUGGGCAACUCUCACCCGUGCUGGAAAAACGUUCAGUACCGGAGGAAGGCGGAGGAGGAGGUGGGAACGGUCUGCGGGAAGUUCAGGGAAAUCUGUGACGGCGUGGUGAGCGUGGAUACCCAGGAGCUCCUACGGCUGCCUUCCUUCAACAACUGGGCGUGGGAGGACUGGGAAAUUCUGCUGCUCCUCCAACACAUGUACAAGGAUCUGGGGCUCCUCUCGAAGUUCGGCAUCGAGUUGGAGGUGUUCCGCAGCUUCCUGUGCCGCGUGUACCACUGUUACAACCAGGUCCCCUUCCACAACUUCAUGCACGCCUUCUGUGUCACCCAGAUGAUGUAUGGGAUGAUCUGCAAGUGUGGCCUACAGCGGCGACUGGGCGACCUCGAUUGCCUCAUCCUGCUGACCUCCUGCAUCUGCCACGACCUGGAUCACCCGGGCUUCAACAACAUAUACCAGAUCAAUGCGAGGACCGAGCUUGCCCUCCGCUACAAUGACAUCUCCCCACUAGAAAACCACCACUGCUCCGUUGCCUUCAGCGUCCUUGAGCGCAACGAAUGCAAUAUAUUCAGGAACAUGCCCCCGGAGGACUACAAGAAGGUGCGGGAGGGCAUGAUCCGCUGCAUCCUCGCCACGGACAUGGCGCGUCACAAUGAAAUCCUCUCAGACUUUCGAGAAAUCAUGCCAGAAUUUUCAUACGAGAACCGAGCACACGUCAAUGUGCUGUCCAUGGUGCUGAUCAAAGUGGCCGACAUCAGCAAUGAGGCGCGCCCGCUGGACAUUGCUGAGCCCUGGCUGGAGUGUCUCAUGCAGGAAUUCUUCAAUCAAAGUGAUCUUGAGAAGCUGGAGGGGCUGCCAGUGUCCCCUUUCAUGGACCGGGAGAAGGUCACCAAACCCUCGUCCCAGUGCUCCUUCAUCGGCUUCGUCUUACUACCUCUGUUUGAAGCUCUCGGGAAGGUCCUCCCAGAGCUAGAUGACCUGAUCAUUCAGCCUGUGAGGUUUGCACUGGAUCACUACAGGAAGCUGAAUGAGGCUGCAAAGAAAGCUUCAGAGGAGGCAGAAGCUGCCUUAGAGCCAACAGUUGAAGAGGAAGAGCUGCAAAUAGAAAGACCCAACAGUCGCCUCUCCCGGGAAAACUCUAAAAAGGUUGUGCAAAAGACUGAAAGCUCAUUCAGCAUUGGGAGCAGAGCCUCAUCGCGCAUCUCCAUGUACCGGUCCAGCACGUGUGAUUAUGGUGAUGGUACAGAGUUGGACACAGAAACUGAAGUUGAUGUUAGUGAAAGGACAUCAAGAUUUAAGAUCGCUACAGACAUUCACAUAUCUCCCUCACGGAGGAACAGUUCAGAGCGACGCAGUAGUGUUGGUGGGCGAUCUAGUUGUGAGCGAACUGUGUCACCCAGAACCCUUGAGGAGCGGCUCCUCCCUCAUGCUGAGGCAAAGAAUGAACCAGAGGAUGGUGAGGUACUUCCAAAGAAAAGUGAAAAGGAAUCGCUGUUUGCUCGGUUUAGAAUUUUCUCUGAGCGUCUCUCUUCUAGUGACAAGGAGAGGACCUCCAAUGGGUCAACUAUGAUGAGCAGUAGGAGCACCAGAUGUAAACAGAGUGGUCUGCAAAGUGUUCUGAAACGCAGUAGGAGUAAGUCUGAACCUACGAAGAGUAGACACCAUCGAACAUUUCAUAUAUCACGGCCAAGAAUUAGCUUUGGUACAAAUCCCCAGAAAAUGCCGUGUGGUGAGAAUAUGUUUAAUAAUCAUGAUAAAGAGAAAGCAAAAGACAAAUGCAAGGAAUCAUCUUCUGAGGGUCUCAUCUCUUCAUUAGAAAUUAAAACUUCUACCUCCUUUGAACUUGUGGAACCAAAAAGAAAACCUUGUGUGGCAUCCAGCGCCCAGCCUUCACCAACACUCUCUGAAAAGUGUGUGCUGGUUACAAACUCUAUCUUAAAGCACAAAGGAUUUAGUUUAUCUCUUGAUGUACUGCCAAGAAAGAAUGGUCGAUUAAGGAGGUCAGCAGCAACAGAAACCCACACACCAGAAAACACUCCUGGUAGCUCUGAGGACAACCUUCUGGAGGAGUCUAAGAGGCAACAGGUGGACGGAGCUGCCAGAUUCAGCCGACAUCAAACCUUCUUCAGCCAGACUAAGGGGGUUCACUCUCCUGAAGGACUUAAAGGCUUUAAAAAGAAACCAGAGUCAACCAGGGCUUUGCUCUUCAAGUCUUUGUCAUUCAGAAAGAAAUCUCCAACCAAAGAAGAUGAAAUGAGACACAGUGAUUCAUGUGGUCCUAGUGAGGAGAGGUUAUGACAGGCAGGAACAUGUUUUUGUUUUUAAAACAUAUUUGUUAGGUGAAACCACUGAGGAGUAAAGAGUAAAGGGAUGAUAAGGGUCAAGGUAUAUGAUGGUUAAGAGUCUUCCACAGUGGACCAUUCCUCACAUCACUUACAACUAUUUUUCAGAUAUUUAGAAAGUUAAGGUAAACUGAUAGGAAUCUCUUCUGCAUCAAAUGCAUUGUGAACAGAUCACACCUCAAACUUGAUUUUGAAAGAAUUUAUGGUAAAAAAAAACUUUACUAACCUUCAGGUAACAUAAGUGUUUUGGGUAACACUGGGGAGUAAGUCCCAGGACGGGUGGGCUGUACCUAGCGUAGAGUACUUUUAGCUGACGUUGCCAAACCACCUCUCCUCCCCCACUUUGCCUUGCCACACCUCUGCUUGGGACUGACUGGCCAUGUGGGUGCAGUUAAAAGUACCUUAACCACUGAGGGUUGUAGUAUUUAAAUGUUUAGAUUAUAUAUAUAAAUAUAUGUAUUUUCAUAGUGUUGUACAAACAUUUGAAAGAUUUUAUUAAAAGGGAUGAAUGACCAUGUUAUAAAACAAAAUGUGUGGCAAAAGACCAGUUAUAAGAAAAGAGAAAAAUAGAUUAGAACCUAAUAUUUAUUUGUGUAGAAAAUGUACAGAUAUAUACUUAGCUUCUUCAUGCUCAAAACAAAUUUUUAAUGCCAAUGAUAUAGGAAAGCCCUUCAAGGUUUUAUCUGCAAAGUAUUUAAUAAUUUUAUAUCUAACAGAAAGGUAUUCUUUGACUAAAAGUCAGUAUAUGUGUGUGUGUGUGUGUAUAAUUAUAUA